GAAACAAGUAUUGUUGCGGGAGCAUGUGUGUGGACACAGGUCAGAGUAGCCGGAGGCGGAGCAGGUUGUUGGUUUUACAAUGGAAAGUUAACUUUACUGUACAGGAAGUGAGUGAGUCUGGGCGGGGAGGAAACUGCCUAUGUGACUCAGUGACUGGACCUGACAGGCAGAGAACAAGCAGAGCAGAAAGGGGAAGAAAGUCCUGAAACAGUUAGCUUCACUCGUUUGAUGUUUUGCAGCAACAGCUCUAGAUCUAGGAACUGGCAUCACUAAAUAGAUUAUUGCUCGCAAUUCAAUGGCAACUGCUUUGAAGAUAUUCUUUUGUUUUGGGCCAUAAAUCCACCUGCCCAGUUAAUUUCGCUGUACCUUAACCUCUGAGAAAGUGAAGUGGAGGAGCUUUGGCUGGGCUGCGUUGUUUGUCUUAAUUUUUGAGAGGUAGGUGAAUCCCACUCUGUGGCCUUUUGAUGUGGAUAACUUCAAGUAGGUGUUAUGGACCGACAGUAUUUCCUGAGCUGGAAAGUUGCCCUGCUGCUUCUCCACUUGAUGCCAUGUGGGCUCCAGUGUAUGUCAGUGCACAUCCUCAAUCAGGAGCCUGUGCAUGUGAUGCCAGACUCCAGUCUGGUUCUGAAAGCUCGGAUGGAGCAGGGACCACUGGAAGAGGUCUCUUUGGUAACCUGGGAGUGGGCGCCCGAAACUGGAAUCUCCCACGAGAGAGUGACACUGGCCACGUGCCCUGGCAGAAGUCUUAAGUGUGCUGGUAUGAGGCCAAAUGUUCAUGUGAACGUGGAGCAACAGGAGACAACACUUCAGAUUAAUGGAUACAGCGACGUGGGCGGCGCCGUGUACACUGUGACUGUGACGGAUCACAAAGGGGCCAAGACCACUGCACAAUGCAUCGUCAGGACAUAUGAGGCAGUGCACCACGUUUCAGUCAGCAUCAACGUGUCCCACUCCUCGCUGAUUUGUGGCGAGGCCUGGGGGACAGACCCCCACUUCAACUGGCUCCAUGAGAGAGUCGCCAUCACGGACACUGUGGGAAGAGUCUCCAAAGACGGAACGACAUUGUUUGUGACCAAGACCCCAAUCUGUGGCCACUUCACCUGCAUGGUCAGCAACAAGCUGGGUCACAGUUCGGCCACCUACACUGCAGCACCUUGUGAGACCGAGGGCAGAGGGACAACAGCGGCUGUAGUGUGUUCCCUCCUCCUGCUGCUGUUUGGAGGAAUGCUGGCAUACCUGCUGUGGAGGCGACACAGAUAUAGUAACAGAGGAAAGAGGCUGCACGAACAUUUGGAUGACACCAUCUAAAUGGAAAAAAUAGGCCAAGAUACACUUCUGUUACUCAGAGAGGAGAACAGGGAAUUGACUGGACUUGUGAGGCUGGAACUUCCUGUACUGUGAGCAGUAUGACCUUACACUGCAUUGGAACAAUGUGCUGAGUGAACUGCUUGCUGGCAAAUAAAAAAUAUCAAAAAAUUGACAUUCAGCUUGAAGUGCCAGCAAUGUCUAUAAACUGCCUACUUUUGUCACUGUGUAUUUUUAUAAAGUAAUUAUCUUGUAUCAGCUGUGCAUCGUAUUGAAAUGUAACGUAAAUGUUGCCUUCGUAAUAAAAUCCCUUCAAAGAAUGUGA